AAAAUUAAUUCUUCCUUGCUACUGCUAUCCAUUAGAGAAAGCAUUGCAAUUUUUCAAUGAAUUAUACACCUCGUAUUAAAUCAAUUUAUAGAAAUAAAGGUGCUGUCAUUUAUUGUGUUAAUUAUGAAUUCUUCUAUGUAUUCACGACGAGUUUUAGGUUUGAUUCUUUCCGGAUCAUUUGUAUCAUACAAAGACAUUAAUUUUGCUUUUCUUGCUUCUAUUUGUAACUGUUUUGCAAACAUAACAUUUCUCGCCUUUUCUCUUUUCAAGGUAACUAUUGGCGUUUUAUUAUGUAUUAAGACAGGCACAAUUGUUAUACAACUUGCCAUAUCCAAAUUGUUUUCCUUUUUACAUAAUGAACAUAUUUCCAAUGCAUUUAAAUUACAUUUACUACAUUUUGACAUGUUUGUUGAUUGAUCAAUGUAAAGAAAUAAAUUUCUAAUAAAUAAAAAAAUUGAAAAACGUAUGUCAAGUUUCAUAAAACUAUAAGAUGCGGUUAAAAUUGUUGUUAUAUCUUUAUUUCUUAUUAAAUAUAGUUUCUAAUUUUAUAAUAGGAAUAAAUUUAUGGAAAGAAUAUAAUGAACUUCGUAAAAAAAUAAAUAAAAAAUUGAAUAAACAAAAAGGUAAUAAUUUUUGCCAUUUUUCAGCAAAAAUAUAGUAUAACUUUUUAUUUUCCAUUAAGAGAGUGAACUUCUUCUUGAUAUUAAUGAAUAUGAAUAUCCAAGAGCAAAUGAAACACUUAGAAAGAUACACAAAGAGUUAUGGCAGGAAUAUUAUGAAUGUUUAAAAAAGACAUAUAACGAAAUUGGACCAGAAAAGAUGAUGUAUCCAAUAGCGUUUGAAGCCCUAGAAGGAACACUUGUCACAUUAAAAUGUCAAAUAUGUAUCUCUCCAAUAGAAAUCUACGUUAGUGAUGAUGUAGAAUGGUAUUUCAAUAAUACUGUUAGCAAUGAUACAAGUAGGCUUAUAGAAUCGGAUAAUGUGUUCAUUUCCCCAGAAGACAGAUCAUUAAUAAUACAUAACAUUAAGUCUGAACAAGCUGGUCAAUAUUGGUGUAAAUUUGGGGAUACAUUGUCAAUAUAUUACUAUAUAUCCAUUGACACUGAUCUUGAAGGAGUAAAAACUGUAUAUCCUACAACAGCACCCAAUAUGCCUCAUGCAAUGCCACAAAAUAUUGUAUCAGAAUAUAAUUUAAACAUCUAUACAACAUGGACCAAAUGGUCCUUAUGUUCUAACUGUAAUGUAGUUGGUAAAAAAGUUCGAUAUGGAUAUUGUACUGUUUCUUCACGUGCAGAUGUCAACAAGAAAAGUAUAAUAGAAGAAAAACAACUUGCAGAUUAUAAACGGCAAACUGCAGAGAAUGAACAAAAUGGAACAACAGAAACUACAACCACAAUUCAGGAUCAAAUUGUAGAUAAAAGUAUGAAUGAUAAAAUCAGAAUGGUUUUACGUUUAUUUAGAAACAAAAUACCUUGUAAAAGUAAAUAUUUGCCAAAAGCUUUGGACAUUUUGAAUAUUAAAGAUAGAAAAACAGAAAUUAUGGUGCGCUAUUGUAAGAUAAAGUGUCCAGAAAAUAUAAUAUUCGAAGUACGAGAUAAGAAGGGAAAUGUACUUGAAAGUGCAAAUAAUAGUGCUGGUAUAUAUUCUAUGGUUCAAGGAAUGCCCGCUCCAUCGCCGCCAGUUAUACGCACAACAAUUUAUCAAAAAUACGAUAAAAAAGCAGUUCUUGUGUGUCCAGGAAAUUUAAAUACAGAUGUACCAAUUAAUUGGAAAGUAGAUGACAAAAUCUUAAAUCCGUCUAUUGUAAAAGACCAGUCUGAAGGAAGAAUUUAUUUUAAUUCGCAAAUGCAUAUAAUUUUCAAGUCAUUAAAAUUUCAAGAUGCAAAUAUAUAUAGUUGCUGGCAAAGAAAUGAAAUCGUUGGUGUAAUAAAAUUAAAUGUAACUGGAGAAAUGGAACUACAAACAAAUUACGGUGUUAUUAUGAUUGGUGGAAUGUUAAUAAUUGUUGUAUUCAUGAUUGUGUUUUGGAGGGCAUUUCAAACUCGUAAACGUUUUACAAUACAUUGACUGUAUUGUGCACUAUUUCUUUGAAAUAAAACAACACAUGAUAUUGCCAAAAAGAGUAUAAAUAACUAAGAAAGAAGGAAAGAAUUAUUUUGAUACAAUAAGAUAUUUACCACAACAGAUUCAGUUGGUUUUCGCAUGGAUGGUGGUAUCAUAUCAGGGCUCAAAGCUGUGGGUGGUUCAACACCCCUGAGUUUUUGUUUAAUAAGCCACAUAGCUAGAGCAAAUUGUUCUUUAUUUAACUUUCCACUUUGACAUGUGUCACAAAGACUCCUGAAAAAUAAAUAAGAAAUUUCUUUCAUUUUUUUCUUAUUCUUUACUAACCAGUAAACAGUAUAAUUAAGAUAUAUAUGUACCAUAUAUGAGCUAAGACAGUCUGUGGAAGUCCACUUUGAAGGAAGACAUCUUUGAUUUCAAUACCUGAGACAUACCCAUCCAUAUCUA